CCGAGAGACAAAUGAAAGGAACGCGCAGAACAAGAAGUAUACUUAGCGAACAGUUCUGGAGGCAAGAAUUGGGUCUAGACUGUGACAAAUCUGUAUUGAAGGAAGUCGACUAUCACGUAGUCGGCGUAGAGAUACUUGUCUUGUAAUACAUUCCAUUGCUAAUGGCAGUGUCCGUUGCUAGACAGUGUGGCCACUAUUGCGAAGAUCUGGACGAACAAAGUUUUCCUUUUUCCAGCUAACGUGUUGACGUACCGGAGCGGAGUGCGGAGCAUGAGUUGAUAGAGUAACACUGGUACAGUGGUCGAACUCCGAUCCUCAAAUCCGAUCCUGAGUGUGCAAUGAUAAAGCAAGUUCACGAUAUUUACCGGAGGUUAUUCCUGUUUGCCGUGUUGAUUGUGGGCGCCCAUGCAGCGUGCUCUUCUCUUGGCGGUACGCCAGCUCAAGAUGGUACGGUGCUGAAAGGAGACCGCGGUACGUACAAGUUCACCUGGAUACUGCCCACGUACAGUAUAACACAGUGCAACGUGAGAAUCUGGGGCUUUCAGCUGUACCACAAUAGCACGACAAACUGUGAUUUCAUUGUGUCGGUCUGGAACCGAGAUACAACGGGUUUAAAGAAUAACGAAUACGUAUUGGAGUAUGUGGAGCCCAAGGUGACUAUGCCAGCCGUAUCCACACCUACCCUGUUCAGCUAUAACUACACGGUUGGAAACCGGAGGUUAAUGCCGUACUCCCGGACUGUCUACAUUGGCGUCACAACACAGCAGACAGGAUGUCGUGUGCUGGGAAGCUCAACAACAGCAACUGGUGCGCGAUAUCGAAAUGGGGUGGACACACUACCUAGUGUUUCAAACAAGCGCACCUUUAGUAAAAAGGUGCAAAUCGACCUGUCCUUGCGCAUGAUUUUCAAAGAUAUCGACGAGUGUUUUGCAACGCCAUCCCUGUGCACAUCCUACACAAACAAUGUGUGUAGUAAUACAUUUGGAUCAUACAGUUGUGUAUGUAAGAGUGGAUACAGUGGAACUGGUGGUGCUUCUGGUACUUGUACUUACAUACCUACCACGGUACCAACAACAACACCAACAACCACACCGACAACAACACCAACAACAACACUAACAACAACACCAACAACCACACCGACAACAACACCGACAACAACACCAACAACAACACUAACAACAACACCAACAGUGACACCAACAAUCACACCAACAACUACAUUAACAACUACACCAACAACAACACCAACAACUACACCAACAAUCACACCAACAACUACACCAACAGUGACACCAACAAUCACACUGACCACAACAACGACAACUACACCAACAACCACACCGGCCACCACACAAUCAACACCACAAACCGCCACAUCAUCAGCAACAUCGGAAGCCUCGACAGCAGCAGAACUACCACCAGGCUUGACAUCACCACCAGCCAACACAACACCAGCAACUGGAAGUAUCUGGAAUGUAUCUACUGCGAUCGGAGAUGAUGAUCGCCAACAGAAUACAGCCACUGGUCUCUCAACUAAAACUGUGAUUGCGAUAUCGUGUGCAGCAGUUAUGGCUUUCUUAGUUCUGCUAUUCAGCUUACUGGCUGCAAGGCAUAGAACCUCCGCUUGUCGUGGAGCCAGUUCUACAAAUGGUCCCGGAAGAAUGGAAUCACCUGCCGUUACAAACUAUCCAGAGGAUCAGGAGCAAAAUCCUGCUAGCAACAGAUCAAGACCACCUGUUGUCACUGAUCAAUCACACCAGGUAGCUGACUCAACAAAUCAGACAAGCGACCCUGCUGCGGACACUUGGGUGCAUUCUACUGAAAAUGAAGCCUAUACCAUUUGUCGCCAUCACAAUACAGGCAAGUCAGGCAAGUCCACUGACACCGGCGCCUCCUCACCGGCUGGCUUACUAGAAAAUCCUGCAUAUGGUGUAGUAGUGAUGGAGAAUCUAGGCAAUGGCAGCAGUUCCGAAAGAGUCCUGUCAUCUAUGACAUCGCUUCAACAUUAUCAUAGUCAAGCCAGAGCAGGAUCAGAGAGGAGUAGCAGACACGAAGACGCCAGCCAUGUCUACAGUGAAAUAGCCGCCCUUUACUAGUCAAGCCGAGACUGCUGGGAUAUGAAGCAGCUAACGGUACAGCUAAGCAGUUUGCAAACAUGUUGUUGUCAGAAGCAUUACAGUACACCAUUGUAUCAUGAGCACACUUGUGACUUCACCCAUUGAAGUUGUGUAUCUUUGUUCUGCCGGCAAGAUUGCCAAAGAGCAACCCAGAGUCUUACAUUACCUCAACAUUUUUACUUACCAGUACAUGUACAUGUACAUGUACGGCUGUGCAAUAUUGGUGUGCAGAACGUCGUUUACCUCUCCAUCAUUGUUCUUAGCAGGGAGUAGUACAAUAGUAUUAUUAUUAUUAUUAUUACUUGCAUGUACGCGUUGGAGUCAACCAUGCAAGCAUGAUCCACAACUUCGCAUAUGCUGAACAUGAUAAACAGGACUAUGACAGGGAAAAAAUGAGCUAGAACGAUGAUAAUAAUAAUUAUGAUACUUAUAUCAUAUAUAUUAUAUACAAUGUAGCUCAUGGGUAUUGAAGAUAUGUCAUUUAUGAAUAUGUCCAUAAUAUGAAUAUUGCAGCCUGAGUGAUAAUGAUAGUGCUAUUUCCUGAGUUUGACUGUUUCAGGAUCUGUCGGAAUAUCACAAUGCACAGACCCUCAUGCAUAGAUCUCGCCAUGCUGGUCUGUCAUGGGCAAUGGCUCCCAGGCUCUGCAGAGCGUCUACUAUUGAACAAUCCAGCAUUGGCUUGGCGCAGAUCUCCCACCAUAAAAACCACAGCCGCGAACCACGCAGUGGAAAGCUAC